UGGAAUGGAUGUGAUUUUAUGAUUUGUCAGUCUUUUAAUGGCCACAAAGGCUGUAACAAGUGAAAUCCAAAGAAUUUGCAUCGUGUAUGAACCGUGUAAAUCAUUUAGUUUGCAUGAAAUACGAGGGUCUCUCUUUGUACUGGAUCAUUGGCUGUGUCUUGUCUCUCUUUACCCAAUUACUAAUACCAAAAAUGGGAGCGCCGAUAUGAAGUAGAUGAUAUAAUUCGGUCGACUGAAAAACAACAAUAAAAUACGCUCAGUUUCAACAGAGAAACAACAGAAAAAAAGAUGGUCAAAGAUCGACUAGAGGAAUUGAAAAGGCUGUGCAAUUGUCCACCGAACAAUAUACGAGACACAAUCAUCGAUAUCAAAGCCAACAAAAUUGAACUACAAAUUGAAGAUAUUCUCAGUGAAUACACAAAAAUUCGACAAUGGAUCCAAACAAUUCGCGAGAAUAUCGAAACGAUGAAGCGUUACAUACGCGAAAUGUCGCAAACAUUUCAAUCAACGUCACAGAAAACAUUGCCUGAAAAUAUGGAGAAACUCCGUUUAGAAAAUAUGUCUCUGUGCCAACGAGUUUAUUCGCAUAUGAAGGAACAAGAGAUCGAUAUGCCAACAGCUGAUGAUUGCAGUGUUAUAGCUCGAGUAAAACGGUUGCAUUUCUACUCGGUUCGUGAGGAAUUCAUUGUGGUUUGGAAGCAUCACGAGCAAUUCUUGUCCGAUUAUGAGGAACGUGUGAAGAAAACAAUUCAACGUCACGCAAAAAUCGUUGACGCAUACAUCACGGAGGAGGAAACCGAAUCGCUCAUUGCAAAUAAGACUACGUCAAUAUUUGUGGGGAAUCUGCUUGAGCAAGCUGAGUCAGAGCGCAACAAGCUACGUGAGUUACUCGUUAGGCAUUCCGAGCUAGAAAAGGUAGAACGGUCGUUAAUUGAAGUGCGUGAUAUGUUCCUAAGAAUUUCAGCCUUAGUCAUCGAACAGAGCCCAUUGAUUAGUCAAAUUGAGUACUUUGCUCAUCAAGCCACAUUGAAUAUAGACAAGGGUGCUGAAAAACUGGAAAAAGCACGUGAAAUGAAAAUCAAACGGAUGAAAUGGAAAAUCUGGUUUCUCUUCUGGUUAACCAUUAUUCUAACCUUGAUUAUUUUAAUUCUUAUAUUUGUCGAUUAAAUUUGCAUGGAAAAUAAACGUUUCGCAACUUUAUUUUCAUUCUCGAA